GGAUCUGGGGGAUGUCUGAUGGGCAGUGGGUGAGGGAAAGUCUUAUGGACUUGUAUUUGUCAUAUAGAGCGGUAUGAUGGGGCAUGUGUAGAUGUCUAACUGGCAUCAGGUGACGUAUGAUGGGUAUGUAAGGGGUGCGGUCUGAGGCACACGUGGAGAAGUCUUAUGGGCAUGAAUGUGAGAUACAUGGGAGUCAUCCCUGUGUCUCAGGAGGAUUAGUCAGAUCCUCAUCACAGGGAAGAUUGUCCUUAUACUCGCCAGCAAGAUCAUUAGCUGCUGACCGGAGAGGAGUGGGAGUAUAUAGAGGAACACCAGGGUGACACACGGACGUGAUGAUGGAAAAUCACCAGCCCCUCAUAUCGCUGAAUGGAACCAGUAACAGGAAUACCCCAGAGAGAUGUCCCCGUCCUGUUUAUUCCCAGGUUCAUACAGAGGAGAAUCACAGUGUCCUACAGGAGGGUCAGGGUGAAAAUUUGACUAAUAUAAAGGUAGAAGAUAUAAAAGAGGAAGAGGAGACGUAUGUGUGGGGUAAUAAGCAGUGUAAGGAGGAGGAAAUCCCUACAGAUAUCAGCACAGAUGGUGCCAGUAACAGGAAUACCCCAGAGAGAUGUCCCCGUCCUCUUUAUUCCCAGGAUCAUACAGAGGAGAAUCACACUGUCCCACAGGAGGGUCAGGAUGAAUCCUCUACUAAUAUUAAAGUAGAAGAUAUAAAAGAGGAAGCGGAGAUGCAUGUGGGGGGUGAUCAGCAGUGUAAGGAGGUGGAAAUCCCUACAGCUAUCAUCACAGAUGUGGUAGCUGACUUCCAGCCUGCCUGCAUAACGUUGUCAAUAACGUUUCCCCCGCCUGCAAAAAUCGAUAACGACGUUAUAGCUCGUCUUAAAAGUUUUUCCAAAUUGGACACAAAAGGAAAACAGGAAGUGAUCAAGAACGGAAGACCAGUGCCUGAGCUUAAGGGCCUACUUCAAAAGGCAGAACGUAAGAAAAUUACGCGGUCGUUUCAUGUAGAAUGGUACCAACGGAAAGACUGGCUGUGUGGCUGUGUUUUAAAGAACCGCCUUUACUGCUUUCCCUGCCUUCUGUUCUCCACUAUUGACAAUGUGUGGACUAACACGGGAUUUUGUGACUUGAAAAACCUCCCGAGGAGCCUCAGCAAACACGAAAAGUCGUCCGUUCACAUUCAAAGCCAAAUUGCUUUAAAAACUUUUGGGACCUCCAUGCUAGAUCUGGCUUUAGAUGAACAGCGGAGAUUAAAUAUCGGCAUCCACAACGCUAAGGUUAAGGAGAACCGUGAGAUUUUAAAAUACCUUAUUAAUGCCACUUGUUUCCUAGCGAAACAGGAGUUGGCAUUUCGUGGCACUGAUCAGAGUGCAAGCUCUUCUAACCACGGCAACUAUGUGGAGCUAUUACAUCUAUUUGCUGAGAAAGACUCAACGCUAGCUAGACAUUUGGAGGCCUCCACUUUGUUUUCUGGCUUAUCGAACAAAAUCCAGAAUGAUUUGAUCGAAGCAGUUGGUGAUGUGCUCCGAAAUGAUAUGAAAGAGGAGAUUAAGGCAGCCACAUUUGUUGCACUCGAAGUAGACGAGACAACAGAUGUCACAAACAAAGCCCUGGUUUCUGUGAUUUUGCGUUACGUUGCUAAAAGUGAGGUGAGGGAGGCGUUCUUGGGUUUUGACGAUGUGGGUGAAGACAGACGAGCACCGGUUAUUUCUGAUUACGUCUUUGGAGUGUUGGAGAAAUACAAUUGCGUUAACAAGCUGGUGGCUCAGACUUACGACGGUGCCUCUGUGCUGGCAUCAGAUAUUCAUAGGAUGCAGGCCAGGAUUAAAGAAAAAAUACCCGAAGCCAUGGUUACCCAUUGUUACGCGCACAACUUGAACCUGGUGCUCUUGCAGUCGGCAAAAUGUAUCCCAGAGUGUAGAAAGUUUUUUAAAACACUCGAAGGACUAUCUGCAUUUUUCAAUAAGUCCACCAGGCGAGCCCACCUACUCGAUGAUGUUGUGAAGCAACGUUUACCAAGAGCAGGCCCCAUGAGAUGGACCUCAAACGCUAGACUAGUGCAGGUGAUCAACACGUACCAUUCUGAUGUACGUGCUGCGUUCCAGAUAAUGAGCGAAAAUCCCGAUAAUUGGGACAAUGACACCUUGAUGAUGGCCGCUGGGUAUGAUCAUUGGCUAUCACAAGCGUCAACGUGCUUUUUCCUAAUGGCGUACGAGGGCAUUUUCAAGGAAACUGGUUCACUCUGUCGUGUGCUGCAGAAUAACAUCAUGGACAUUGGAUUCUGCUGUACGCGGAUCUGCGCCAUAAUGUCAGCAGUAGAACGCCAGAGACAAGAGUUUGACAGUUUCUAUAACCAAUUUGAGCAGAAAUGCAUCAAACUUGGCCUGACGGACAACGCCCAAAGUAACCAGGUGAUGAGAGAUGAAAGAAAAAUAAUUUUUUAUAACAUUCUGGACAAUAUCGGUGUACAAUUGAAAGCCAGGUUUGACCAUUUCGCUGAUCUUGGUUUCCUUGGUUUGGCCGAUUGCACCAAAUUUUAUGAAAUGUCACAGCAUUUCGAUGACGCCAAACUACAGAGCCUGUCAAAAUAUACAAGGUACUUUGACUUAGUUAGGCUAAAGGCUGAUCUUAUCGGAUUGUAUAGCUCACAAAUGGUGAGGAACGAAUGUAAAUCAUCCAGACAGCUCCUCAGCUUUUUGGUCCAGAAUGAUCUGAUGCAGACGGUUCCUGAAGCGACAAAACUCCUCCAGCUGGUUCUCACCAUGCCCGCUACAGCAGCAUCCGUAGAAAGGCCGUGCUCUGCUUUGAAACGAAUCAAAAUAUACAGCCGGAAUCGGACUGAUCAAGGACGACUUUCAUCGCUGGCAAUCAUCUCUAUUGAGAUGGAGAGACUAUUAAGACUAAAAGAAAAUAUAGAGGACUUCUACAACAAAGUCACUGACUGCUUUGUCCGAAGGGAUGGUCGAAUUGACUUCAUUUACCAGUAAAGCAGAUGGAUGCAGAAGCAGGAAUACCUCGGUGGGACGUCUCCUCUUGUCUACAGAUUAUAAAAUAGAAGAUAACAUCGUACAAGAUUC